AUGUCAACAUCUACCCAAAACACUUAGUCAUUUAAGUUUCGAUCCAAAAUAAGGUAUCUAUUCUAAUCACAACACCAAAAGUUUCUUUUAGGAGACUCAAUAGCCAACCAAAAUUAUCAAACAUUAUAAAGAAGAACUCAAAAAUAUAUUAGAUUAUCUUUAAGAACGAGCAACUCUUAUUCCCAUAUCAAAACCAAAUUAAACUAUACUCUACAUCCAAACCUAUUACAAAAUUGGUUACAAAAGCACAUUUUGUGAUGAAACCAAAGACCACUUUGAAAAUUUAAUUGAAGAAAUUAAAUUAAAUAUAUUCAAAAAGUAAUCAUCAUUAUAUUUAUUAUUUAGAUAUCCAUUUAUAUCUAUUAUACAUGAAAAACUUAAAUAACAUACUUAACAUUACAUUCAUAUAUAAUUUUAAUAAUAAAAUGAUAAUCAACUUGUAUUAUAUUCAAAACAAUAUUCCAAAGAAUAAUUAACACCUAAAUUAAUAUGUGAUCUUAUUUGGAUUUCUUUACAUAAAUUCAAUCUUACAAUCAAUCUUGAUUGCAUUAAUAAAUAUAUUUAAUCUUUAAAAGAAGAUCAAAAUUCAUAAAAUAAUAUCUUAGAUGGAAUUAAAAUUACCAUUCGUUAAAAAGAAUCUAAUUAAAUUGAAAAAAAUUCAACUCCAAAAAGAUCAACACAAAAUCUUCAUUCAAUUUUUAAUAGCAUGUCUAAAACUGAAACUCAUAAACCAUAAGAUACAUAAAUUAAAUCAUAUUAUUCUCCUAUUAAAUCACAAACUAUAAUCAAUCAAAAUGUAAUUAGAUUAUUUUCACAAACCUAAAUUGUUAAUUCAAAUAAUUAAGCUUAAUUUAAUGAUUUAAUAUCAAAUAUCAAUUAUGAAGUUGAAGUAACUGGUAAUUAAAUUUAAUCCGUUAAAUAAGUUUUAAAUCUUUAACAAAUAUAUCAAGAGAAUUAAGAUCAUGCUAAUGUUUCAAUUACUCUUAAUAGAAGUGAUCUAAUCAAAUGUAUCAUUAAAGCACCUGAGGAUUCUAAUGUUAAUGUCUUCAUUAACAAUAAUAAUAGUAAAGUUCUAUCUUAUGAUUAUAUUUAAUCAGCAUACAUAUUUUAUGGUAAACAAUAGGAAGAAUAUACAGUUGAAGUUAUUAAAAAAGACUAUUUUGAAUAAAGACGUUCAAUUUUUUUAUAAGGAAAUUCAGAUGUUAUAAUUCAAUUUGAUUUAAUAAGUUAAGUAUAAACAACCAUGAAAUUUAGAGUAUAUGAUUUAAUACAAUAAGAUGAAAAUAAUCAAAUAGAUAAUUGUAAAUUAGAAAUUACUAAAAUUAAUACAUCAAAUGAAGAACCUUUUAUUGAUAUGACUAAUGAUUAAGGCAUUUUUAUAUGUCAAGGAGUUAUGUUCAAUAAAAUCAAAGUUUAAGCCUCUAAAAAAGGUUUUCUAAAUAUAUCAUAUGAAUUCGAUGUUAAUGCAAAUAAAGCUGGAGAAUUUUAUUAAAUUCCUAUGAUUCCUGAUUAUUAUAGUUUGAUCAACUAAUAUCAUAUUCUAAUUUAUAUACCAAAUUCUAAUAAUUAUUAGUUAGAUUUUAAUUUGAUUUGUUCAGGUAUUUAAUAUAUUUAACUAUUUAGAUGGUAUUAAAUUAAAUACCAAAAAUAGAGUUCAUCAAAAUAUGAAAUCAAAAUUGGAUAUCAAAAAACUAAAUUAAAAUAGUAUGUUAUAUAAUUUUUCUCUGCAUAUCUCUUGUUUAAAUCCAUUCGUAAAUAAUAAUCAAUUUUAAUUCAUGAUUGCCAAUUAACUUAAUAAAAGGAAAUCACUGAAUGCAAAUAAUGAAGGAAUAAUUAAGGAGAAUAAUACUAUUAAUUAUUUGGCAGAUGUUGCUAGUUAACGUAUAAUGAAUUAUGCAAUUGAAGAAUCGAUUAGAAUUUUCAUUACUUAUGGACAUUUGGUUAUUGAUACAUAAGUUGUAUCAACUAAUUAAUUAUUAUAAUAAGAAAAAUGCUUUGGAAUCAUUGAUUGUAUAUUUUUAUAUUAUAGUAGUGGAUAAGAGACAUUUUGUAAAAGAAAAUGAAGUUAUAUAGCAAACAAAGAAAUAAUAAAAUAUGAAAAAAAUAAAUUCCUCAUUCGAUAUGACUACAAUUUUAUCAUAAAUUACUAAUCAAUAAGUUAAUAAAUGA